AUGCAAGCAGAACCGGUGCCAACAGCUGAAGAGGGAAACAAAGAGAAUGCGCCCGGAAACGUGAAGGCGACCAACCCAAAAGAUGUCAUUACUCUUGAAGUUUUGGCUGUUAUCAAGCAAAGCCAGGCGGAACACGGCCUGAAGCAUGGCGAUUUUCAGCGGUACCGACAGUACUGCACAAAACGACUGGAGCGGAUUCGCAAAGCGCUCAACUUUGUACAAUCAAGCGGCUCAAAGAAUCGCUCCACGUUUGUCGCCAAACCCGUGACCGUUCCGGUAGUCUUUGAAGUGAAACGUACGCCCAAAGACAUUCUCCGAUUCCUGAGCAUUCCACUAAUUUCAGCGGAACGUUGUUGGUCUUAUGCAAUGCAACUGAAGCAGGAGGCCACCAGCGAGCCUAGGAAAAAGUUCCACAUGAUUCGCCGGUUCCGAAAAGCCGUCCGCUGGUCUGUUGUUUUGCGUGAUCUUUGCAAUGCCGAGGCUUCAAAGUGCGACCUGCGCACCAAGCUGGAAACAACUGCUUACGCUGAUUACCUCAAUGGUCUUUACUUCUUUGAGAUUGACCAGUGGGCUAAGGCGUCCGAGCUGUUGAGCAAGGCUCAGAACAUCUACGAGAAACUGUUCAAAGUCAUCUAUGACGAGGACAUUUUGGCACACUACAAACAGCGAGUGGGUGAAAUCAAGCCCACUCUUCGCUACUGUGCCUUCAACAUUGGUGAGGGCAAAGGAGCUGUUGGAACGCAAGAUUUCAUUAACAAAAUCAAAACUGAAGUUGAUGGCUUUGGCGAUAAAACUAUCUCUUCAAAGAUUGAGCAACUCAUCGACCAGUCGAGAUUAAAGGAGUGCGAAGAGCUGACCGAAGUUGAGUGGCUCGGAAAGUCGGUGUUUGUGAAGCACGACAAGAUUCGCUCUUUCUUGCUGCAGUUGAAGGAUCCGUCCAAUGACUGGCAGGACUUGCCGCUCUACGAGAGACUUAUCUUCGAGUGCCGUGAUUGCCUUCAGCUGUUGCGAGACAUCAACUCCGAUCGAUCUUCUCUCUAUCAGUACCUGACUUAUCUACGCCUGGACUUGAUCACCAAGCGCAAUCUGGCUCUGGUGGCCACGCUUCAGAAUCCUGCCGACAUUCUACGCCAGUACGAGAGUAUCAUUGGCGGCUACAAUGAAAUCAAGCAGCUUCCACUCGGACAGUACUUUACUGACGACUACCUUGUCGAGCAGUUUCUCGCUGAGAUUGACGCCCAAAUCACUGCGUUCAAGGCCUACCGGUGCUAUUACAUUGGACUGGUGGCCAAGCAGAACUGGAAGGAGUCCAUUGCCUUACUCGAUCGGGCUGGCUUCUACGCCAAGGAGGCGCUGAAGAAUGAAUUUAUCACCAAAAAGAAGGACAUGAAGGAGGACCUACAGAAGCUGCUCUCCAAAGCAGACGCUGACAAGUUCGCCAUUUACGCAGAGUCAAUUUCCAAGGAUGAAACUGCCGACUCUUCUACUAUAUCCGAUUCUAAAUUGCCUCUGAGUCAACAGCUGAACGCCUUCAACUUUGACCCCGAAAUUCUGAAUGGAAACGUUCCAUUGGCACCUGUCACGCCGGAGUACCGCGCCGUGCCCUGCAAGCCACUGUUCUUUGACUUGGCACUCAAUCACAUUCGCUUCCCCAACCUGGACGAGGAGAUCAACAAGCCAAAGGCAGGCAUCACCGGUAUGGUCAAAGGCCUGGGUGGCUGGUUGGGUGGCUGGGGCACCAAAAAGUAG